GUCAGUGUCAGUGUCAAGUUUACGUCGGUUGCCUGUUGAUCGAGUCAGUAUGUUUGCAUUCAAAUCUUCUAUUUGAUUAAAGUGGAAAAUAUUUUUCAGCCAUUCUUUCGUCGUGAAGUUCGUACACGUAGGGAUUAUUUCUUUUACGUAUUCAAUUGUUAUUUAUUUGUCAGUUUAGGUUAGUAUGUCAUUAAUGCCGCUAGAAAUAAACGACGUAAAGUUUUGACAGGAAAUGCGCAUUAAAAUCAAGAUACAUUAAUAAUUAUUUCAUUAAUUUCGUGGGCAGAAUGAACUUUGAAAAUGGGAUUAAUGUUGUGCAAAGAAACGAGGAACGUAAACUAUCCGGUGCAGCUGUUCAAUCGAUAUGGGAGCCGAUAAAUAUAUUCCAAUGUUCGACGAACUACAAGUUCGCAGUCGUCGUACUGAAUCGGUCUAUUUACUGGAAGUCCGACGUUCUCCUCGACCUGUGGAAGAAAGCACAGGUAACCGUCACCGUCGAUGGCGGGACCGAUAUAUGGAUGAAAUGUUUGGGGGAAACUGCUGACUGCGUUCUUAAUGGAAAAUGCAAAGAGUUUGUACCUAACCUUAUUUCCGGAGACAUGGACAGCAUCAAGAAAGAAACACUGGAGAAACUGAAACAUGCCGGCGCUUCUGUUGUCGUGACUCCGGAUCAAGAUGAAACGGAUUAUACUAAAGCGCUGACUGAACUGCAGACUUACUCCAAAUCACACGAUAUACAGUUGGAUGGUAUUUACGUCUUCGCUGAUACCUCAGGAAGGUUCGAUCAUAUCAUCGGGAAUAUCAACACACUGUACAAAGCGAGACAUAUUGUUGGAGAUAUUCAGGUCAUACAUAUAGCGAGUACUUCACUGACGUGGCUGCUUAGACCGGGAACGCACAAAAUAUUUAUUCCUACUUCUUUAAGGCAAUCCGCAUGUUGGUGCGGUAUCAUACCAUUUGGAUUUCCAGCACCAAAUGUAACGACUACUGGGUUGAAGUGGAACUUGGAUCAUCAAUCCAUGGAAUUUGGCAGUCUAGUAAGCACUUCGAAUACUUACGACGGUAGUCCUGAAGUUACUGUAACUACUGACACAUCAAUUGUUUGGACAAUGGGAAUUGAGCCUUUAGUGAACAUUGUUGACGAUGGCGAAUUCUUUUCUUAAAACAAGUCUUUUAAGAUUUAAUAAUUAGAUUUACUUUUACACUUGAAAGCAUUGCGAGUGCACAGUGAAAAAAUUAUAUGUUCCAAGAAGAUAUUCACUUGAAACUCAGUGAAAACUAUUUUAUUCUUUGAUAGUCGAUGGUCUUCGAUUUCAUUUGAUGAACAAUGUAGUUUUUCAAAAAGUGACAUUUGGUUUUAAAUUUGUGACAAUGGGUCGGUGUGGUUUCCAUCGAUUCCCAAUGAUUUCCAGCUAAUUAAACCAUGGUAUCAAGCGUUAAAAUCCAUUACUUUUUUCAUUGUUAACUGUCUUUGAUUUCAUAUGAUAUAAACAAACGUAUAUUGAACAGCAACUGAGAAUUCUAUCGAGGAAAUGACGGUGGGAUUUAUUAUAUUUCGGGUAAUUUAUUUAAAAUAGUCUUAAGGGGUGGUGUAAAGAUUAGCAAUAAUCUUUGAGGCCAAAGAACGGAACUUAGUUUGGCGUAUUCACGAGAAUCGGUGUUUUUCACAUUUUUAAUAAAUAUCUUACUGAAA